GCUGUCCGGCGGGUUGCUGCAAGUAUAGCAGGGCUAAAGAGCGGGCGCCGCGUCUGUUUGAAACAAGAGCGGAUCAAAUACAAUACAAUUUCGAAAAGCAGCCGCCACGCGUGAAACUACAAUUGGCGUCUCACGGUCUCAUUUUUCUGGUUCAUGUUAUAGUUAUACAUACCUCCAAGACCGCACAGUUUCACACAUUGUACGCGAGUUUUCAUGUAGCAAGUUGUAUAGAAGUGAUUGUGAUUGUUGUAAGACUAAGGAAGCAUAUAGCCUAG